UCUCUAGAUAAAGAAAGCGUUAGUUCUGAUGAACAAUCGAGAGAAGCUAAAAGACAGAAGGUGGAUUCGCCGUCGUCAUCAACAAUAAAAGGAACGACUAAUACUUCAAAAGUCAAUGAGAAACCAAUACCAGUGGUACAUAGUGGGACUUCCAAAGAGUCAUCAAAAACGACUAUCUCUAAUAAUAACAAUACAUUGGCAUCUUUAUUAGAGUAUAGUGAUGAUAGUAAUAACGACGAAAGUAAUAGUGAUAAUGAUAAAUUGUAA